AUGACGGCGGGACUCGAAGCUGAUUUUAUAAAGUUUGACGAGCCAGACGCCAUAGACAAAGGAAAGAAGAGAGCCUAUGAAGCUGCUGAGCCAUCGACUAGCAAACCUACAAAGAAAGGUGAAAAUGGCAAAUCCCGUAAGGAAAUAGAGAAGCAACGCUCGAAGAAGGCACCCUGGAUGGCAGAUGUUGAUUUUGAUAACCUACGGACAGCCUCUGAAUUACUUCAUAGGGAGGUCAACGCAUUUACAAAGUUUAUCAGCCCCUCUUUGACUGAACACAAGACGAGGGAGUACACAAUAGAGUGUAUACGUCGCUGUAUAACUUCACGCUGGGCGGAUGCUGAAGUCUUUGCAUUUGGUAGUUUCGAAACGAGGUUGUACCUCCCCGAUGGAGACAUAGACCUCGUCGUUAUGCGUAAAAGUGUUAAUCAAUACAACAAGCAGUCGAUGCUACAUACUAUGGCCUCAAUGCUACGCCAGGCGAACCUCGCACAGAGUAUACAGGUGAUAUCAAAAGCACGCGUACCAAUUAUAAAGUUCACAUCAUCCUUUGGUGGUUAUCCAAUUGAUAUUUCACUCAAUCAGACGAACGGUGUUGAUGCAGGUAGAAUGGUGAACGAAAUUUUGGACAGAUACCCCGCUGCAAGGCCACUUUCGAUGUUACUCAAGUGUUUCCUCUCACAGAGGAGCAUGAAUGAGGUCUAUACUGGUGGUGUGAGCUCCUAUUCUGUUAUCUGUCUCGUCGUGUCAUUCUUGCAGAUGCAUCCUAAAGUCCGGAGAGGCGAUAUCAACCCACUUGAUAAUCUCGGAGUGCUACUUGUCGAUUUGCUGGAGCUCUACGGCAGGAAUUUUAACUACGACGUCACUGGUAUAUCGAUCGAAGGUGCUGGCUACUACUUCAGCAAAUCGAGUCGAGGAUGGCACCAAUAUGGUCAACCGUAUUUGCUAUCCAUACAAGACCCACAGGAUGCAGAGAACGAUAUCAGUAAAGGUUCUUUCAACAUUCUCAACGUUAGGAAAGUCAUAGCAGGUGCUUAUGACAUGCUAACGAAUAAGCUCUAUGCACAAGCAUCAGAGAUU